AUGCCAACAGGAAAGAAAUCAUAUAACUGUCCUGAUUGUGGGAAACGUUUCAUUGCAAAUUCCCACCUAGUGAUACACCAGAGGACUCACACAGGAGAGAAACCCUUUGAAUGCCCUGAUUGUGGGAAAAGUUUCAGUCAGAAUUCCAAUUUGGUUCAACACCAGAGGACUCACACAGGAGAGAAACCCUAUGAAUGUCCUGAUUGUGGAAAAAGUUUCAUUGCAAAUUCCCACCUGUUGGAUCACCAGAGGACUCACACAGGAGAGAAACCCUUUGAAUGUCCUGAUUGUGGGAAAGGUUUCAGUCAGAAUUCAAGCCUGGCCAAUCAUCAAAGGACUCACACAGGAGAGAAACCCUUUGAAUGUUCUGAUUGUGGUAAAUGUUUCAGUUUGAAUUCCAAUUUGGUUAAACACCAGAGGAUUCACACAGGAGAGAAACCCUUUGAAUGUUCUGAUUGUGAGAAAGGUUUCAGUCGGAAUUCAAGUCUGGUGAUUCAUCAGAGGAGUCAUACAGGAGAAAAACCCUUUGAAUGUCCUGAUUGUGGGAAAAGUUUCAGUUUGAAUUCCAGCUUGGUUAAACACCAGAGGACUCACACAGGUGAGAAACCCUUUGAAUGUCCUGAUUGUGGGAAAAGUUUCAGUCAGAAUUAUGACCUGGUGAAACACCAGAGGACUCACACAGGAGAAAAACCCUUUGAAUGUCCUGUUUGUGGGAAACGAUUCCGUCAGAAUUCCAGCCUGGUGAAACACCAGAGGACUCACACAGGAGAGAAACCCUUUGAAUGUCCUGAUUGUGGAAAACGUUUCAUUUGGAAUUCUGAGUUGGUGAAACACCAGAGGACUCACACAGGAGAGAAACCCUUUGAAUGUCCUGAUUGUGGGAAAAGUUUCAGUCAGAAUUAUGACGUGGUGAACCAUCAAAGAACCCACACAGGAGAAAAACCCUUCGAAUGCCCUGCUUGUAGGGAAAGUUUCAGUUUCCAUUCCAGUUUGAUUAAACACCGGAGGACUCACACAGGGGAGAAACCCUUUGAAUGUCCUGAUUGUGGGAAAAGUUUCAGUUUCAAUUCCAGUUUGGUUAACCACCAGAGGACUCACACAGGAGAAAAACCCUUUGAAUGUCGUAUUUGUGGAAAACAUUUCAGUCAGAAUUCCAGCCUGGUGAAACACCAGAGGACUCACACAGGGGAGAAAGCCUUUGAAUGUCCUGAUUGUGGGAAACAUUUCAGUCAGAAUUCCAGCCUGGUGGAACACCACAGGACUCACACAGGGGAGAAAGCCUUUGAAUGUCGAGAUUGUGGGAAACGUUUCAGUCGGAAUUCCAGCCUAGUGAUACACCAGAGGACUCACACAGGAGAGAAAGCCUUUGAGUGUUCUGUUUGUGGGAAACGAUUCAGUCAGAAUUCCAGCCUGGUGAAACACCAGAGGACUCACACAGGGGAGAAACCCUUUGAAUGUCCUGUUUGUGGGAAAAAAUUCAGUGAGAAUUCAAAACUGGUGAAACACCAGAGGACUCACACGAGAGAAACGAUGACCCACACAGGAGGGAAAUCCUUUGAAUGUCCUGAUUGUGGGAAGAGUUUUAGUCAGAAUUCACACUUGGUGAUACACCAGAUGACUCAUACAGGAAAGAAACUCACGAGUGUCCAGAUUGUGGGGAAAAUUUCAGUUGGAUCUCCAACCUGGAUCCUUCCAGGUUUUGCCCUCUCCCACACGGUCCCCAUAGGUGUUUCUUUCCCCAUAGAGUCCCCACAGGCCUUUCUCUACGCUACUACACAUGCCCCAAGAUGGCUACGCUAUGAAUUGACGUUAGAGCAGCGCUUCGCCAGCCGCGAGAGGGGUUUCUUACCCCAUAGAAGAUCGUGGCUGGCGAAAGCGAGGCCGGAGAGUAUGCGGUUUGGGGAUUGUCGUGGCGGCGGCGGCGCCAUUGUUGUGAUUGUAGCGGCGGCGGUGUUCCUCCGAUGGUGGCGGCGGCGGCCUUCCUCUUUUUCCUCUUUCCUCCAUGGGCCCGCCGGAGGCCUGGGCGUUGGAUUGGUCGACGAUGGCAGUGGAGGCGACAGCGUUCUCGGUGACAUCGAUGGUGGCAUCUCCCAUGGAGCCCUGCUGACAUGUUUAGGGUCGCUGUUGGAGAGGAUGCCCACAGGAAAGAAAUCAUAUAACUGUCCUGAUUGUGGGAAACGUUUCAUUGCAAAUUCCCACCUAGUGAUACACCAGAGGACUCACACAGGAGAGAAACCCUUUGAAUGCCCUGAUUGUGGGAAACGUUUCAUUGCAAAUUCCUACCUAUUGAUACACCAGAGGACUCACACAGGAGAGAAACCCUAUGAAUGCCCUGUUUGUGGGAAAGGUUUCAUUACAAAUUCCUACCUAGUGAAACACCAGAGGACUCACACAGGAGAGAAACCCUUUGAAUGCCCUGUUUGUGGGAAACGUUUCAUUACAAAUUCCUACCUAGUGAUACACCAGAGGACUCACACAGGAGAGAAACCUUUUGAAUGCCCUGAUUGUGGGAAAAGUUUCAGUCAGAAUUCCAAUUUGGUUCAACACCAGAGGACUCACACUGGAGAGAAACCCUUUGAAUGCCCUGAUUGUGGGAAACAUUUCAUUGCAAAUUCCUACCUAGUGAUACACCAGAGAACUCACACAGGAGAAAAACCCUUUGAAUGUCCUGAUUGUGGGAAAGGUUUCAGUCAGAAUUCAAGUCUGGUGAUUCAUCAGAGGACUCACACAGGAGAAAAACCCUUUGAAUGUCCUGAUUGUGGGAAAGGUUUCAGUCAGAAUUCAAGUCUGGUGAAACACCAGAGGACUCACACAGGAGAAAAACCCUUUGAAUGUCCUGUUUGUGGGAAACGAUUCGGUCAGAAUUUCAGCCUGGUGAAACACCAGAGGACUCACACAGGAGAGAAACCCUUUGAAUGCCCUGUUUGUGGGAAAGGUUUCAGUCAGAAUUCAAGUCUGGUGAUUCAUCAGAGGACUCACACAGGAGAGAAACCCUUUGAAUGUUCUGAUUGUGGCAAACGUUUCGGUUGGAAUUCUGAUUUGGUUAAACACAAGAGAACUCACACGGGAGAAAAACCCUUUGAAUGUCCUGAUUGUGAGAAACGUUUCAGUUGGAAUUCAAGCCUGGUGAUUCAUCAGAGGAGUCACACAGGAGAAAAACCCUUUGAAUGUCCUGAUUGUGGGAAAAGUUUCAGUUUGAAUUCCACUUUGGUUAAACACCAGAGGACUCACACAGGGGAGAAACCCUUUGAAUGUCCUGAUUGUGGAAAAAGUUUCAGUCAGAGUUGUGACCUGGUGAAACACCAGAGGACUCACACAGGGGAGAAAGCCUUUGAAUGUCCUGAUUGUGGGAAACGUUUCAGUCAGAAUUCCAGCCUAAUGAUACACCAGAGGACUCACACAGGAGAGAAACCCUUUGAAUGCCCUGAUUGCGGGAAAGGUUUCGAUCAGAAUUCAGGUCUGGUGAUUCAUCAGAGGACUCACACAGGAGAGAAACCCUUUGAAUGUCCUGAUUGUGGGAAAAGUUUCAGUCAGAAUUAUGACCUGGUGAACCAUCAAAGAACCCACACAGGAGAAAAACCCUUUGAAUGCCCUGCUUGUGGGAAACGUUUCAGUUUCCAUUCCAGUUUGAGUAAACACCGGAGGACUCACACAGGGGAGAAACCCUUUGAAUGUCCUGAUUGUGGGAAAAGUUUCAGUUUCAAUUCCAAUUUGAUUAACCACCAGAGGACUCAUACAGGAGAAAAACCCUUUGAAUGUCCUAUUUGUGGAAAACAUUUCAGUCAGAAUUCCAGCCUGGUGAAACACCAGAGGACUCACACCGGGGAGAAAGCCUUUGAAUGUCCUGAUUGUGGGAAACGUUUCAGUCAGAAUUCCAACCUAGUGAUACACCAGAGGACUCACACAGGAGAGAAACCCUUUGAAUGUCCUGAUUGUGGGAAAAGUUUCAGUCAGAAUUAUGACCUGGUGAAACACCAGAGGACUCACACAGGAGAAAAACCCUUUGAAUGUCCUUUUUGUGGGAAACGAUUCCGUCAGAAUUCCAGCCUGGUGAAACACCAGAGGACUCACACGGGAGAGAAACGCUGUGAAUAUCCUGAUUGUGGGAAAAGUUUCAGUCAGAAUUAUGACCUAGUGAACCAUCAAAGAACCCACACAGGAGAAAAACCCUUUGAAUGUCCUGAUUGUGGUGAAAGUUUCAGUUUCCAUUCCAGUUUGAUUAAACACCGGAGGACUCACACAGGGGAGAAACCCUUUGAAUGUCCUGAUUGUGGUAAAAGUUUCAGUUUCAAUUCCAGUUUGGUUAACCACCAGAGGACACACACAGGAGAAAAACCCUUUGAAUGUCGUAUUUGUGGAAAACAUUUCAGUCAGAAUUCCAGCCUGGUGAAACACCAGAGGACUCACACAAGGGGAGAAAGCCUUUGAAUGUCCUGUUCGUGGGGGAAAAUUCAGUGAGAACUCAAAACUGGUGAAACACCAGAGGACUCACACGAGAGAAACGAUGUGAAUGUCUAGAUUUGUGGAAAAAGUUUCAGUCGGAAUUCUGAUCCACUAAUCAGUGGUGCAAUUCAAUUUUGGGCGUGGCUUGGUGGGUGUUACAGGGGAAGGAUACUGCAAGGAUACUGCAAAAUCUCCAUUCCCAUCCUAGUCUGUGACUAGCCAGAGGUGGUAUUUGCCUGUUCUCUGAACUACUCAAAAUUUCUGCUUCCGGUUCUCCAGAACCUGUCAGAACCUGCUGGAGUUCACCCCUGCUACUGGUACACCAGAGGACUUAUACACAAAUGAAGCCACACGAUUGUCCACAGUGUGGGAAAAGUUUCAGUCACAAUUUCAACCUGGUGAAUCACCAAAGGACCCACACAGGAGGGAAAUCCUUUGAAUGUCCUGAUUGUGGGAAGAGUUUUAGUCAGAAUUCACACUUGGUGAUACACCAGAUGACUCAUACAGGAAAGAAACACACGAGUGUCCAGAUUGUGGGGAAAAUUUCAGUUGGAUCUCCAACCUGGUGAUACACUAGAUAACUCACAAAGGAGAGAAAACCUCUGAAUGACACCAGAGGAUACAUACAGGAGUGAAGCCACAUGAGUGUCCAGCGUGUGGGAAAAAUUUCACUUACUGUUCUGACCUGGUGACACACCAAAGGAUCCACACAGGAGAGAAACCCUUUGAAUGUGUGGAUUGUGUGAAAAGUCACCAUUUUAACCUGGUGAGACACCAGAGGAUACAUACAGAAGAGAAAGCAUACAAAUGACCUAUAAGUAAUGUAGGUUUACACAUAGGAGAGAAAGUCAAGGAAAUCCACAUUAGGCAAAAGUUGAUGAGUUUAAAGAAGGCUUAAAUUUCAUUUUUGAUCUGUCAUUGGAAGUGUAGGUGAGAAAUUGACUAUUAAGCUCCAGCCUGAUUCAUUUUACUGAAAUAUAUCUCAGACGUAGGCUGUGAUUGGAGAGAAAAAAUGGAAAAUAUUAAUUUGAUAAAGAUAUUUUUGUUUUUGUUUAUUUUUCUGUUUCCCUCUCCACAGGAUCCUUCCAGGUUUUGCCCUCUCCCACGCGGUCCCCAUAAGUGUUUCCUUCCCCAUAGAGUCCCCACAGGCCUUUCCCUCCCUCACAGGGUCUCUACAAGCCUUUUCCUCACCCACUGGGCCCCCAAAGGCUUUUUUCCUCUCCUGCUGUGUCCCCACAGGUCUUAGGCCUGACUCCCAUCUCACCAGGCCUCACAGCUUCCUCCUCCAUAACCUUUGAAGGUCUCUGAACCUCAAGAUGGUGAAGAAGCCCAGGACACGCAUCCCAGGGCCACCUGGCUAUGUCCUGGAAGCAGCCGUUAUUUUCAGUGUGCCUAAGAUUCAACCCUGGGCCAUGUGAUGCACUUGUGGAAGCAGCUGCCAUUUUGUUACAUCUGCCUCAGGGCCAAAAUGGCGGCUGCUUCUGAGUCAUUGUCACGUGGGGAGAGGAAGAAACUGCUCUGUUUCCUUAACACUGUGGAAACUGCAUUAAGGGAUUGUGGGUGCACUGAAAAUGAUGGCUGCCUCCAGGAGGUCUCCAAAAAGUAAGUAUGCGAUGGGUGAGGGGCAUGUAGGGAUAGGCACAAGGCCCAAUGAAAAAAGCAAUGUAAAAUUUCAGAUGAAAAGGCCUUGCAGAUGAAUCUGAUGAAGAAGAGCUGUAAGAAAAUCAAGUUGAGGAGAAAAAGGAUCCUGGCUUUGAUGAUAGGAUCUAAAAGCUUUAUUAGCAACUCCUGCUGUGAUCUCGUUUUCUUGGAGGUGCCUGCUUGUUCCUCUUUGAUGGCUGCUGAGUGAAAGCAGCACUCUGACAUAUCUAUUGUAUCCACUUGGUGGUGGCGAUGUGAGGAAAAAAUUGAACGGAGGAAAAUCUUUCAUUUUUAAUAAUGCAUUGUGCAAUAUAAGAACUAUCAAUACCAUUUGGCAAGGAAAAAAUUAGGUAACGUCAGUAUUGCUAAGAAUCGUAAGGCAAGGCACUCAGAAUGGCUUCAAACUGCCAAAUGUACAGUGAAUAAGUUUAAUAAUAAAAUUAAUAAAAUUGUAACACAAAGCCCUUUUCUCAAUAAUUCUUCUGUGGUGAGGUCUCCACACAUACAGUCUACAACUGUUAAAUCUACUUGUAAUCUCUGUCUUUUGCAUUCUGCACCUCUAUAACCAAUCUGUCUUCUUCAGCUUCAUUUCCCUCCUCAUUAUAAGUUUAAAUUUUUAUAUGCUUCUGCCUCUUAAUUUGUUGCAUUGCUAUUUACUUCAAUCCUAAAUUCUAUGAAAGAAUGACAUUUCUUUAUUCAGAGUUAAAAAAAUAGAAUGACUAAACUGUUGAUUGGCA